AUGUCUUCACGAUUUGUGGCAGUCGCCGGUGCCACGGGCAUGCUAGGCCAGCUCGUCGCCAAGGAGCUGACGAAUCGUGGUAUCGCCGUCAAGGCUCUGGUGCGCCCCAACACUGACGCUUCUCGCACCCAAACCCUCCGUGACCUUGGGGUCUCUGUCGUGCCGGUCGACCUCACCAAUACCACGACGCUCCAGACGGAGCUGACAGGCGCCACCUGUGUUGUUUCCACGCUGCAGGGCCUGGCAGACGUCAUCCACACUGCACAAGGCAACCUCCUUGACGCCGCCGUAGCAGCCAAGGUGCCGCGCUUCAUCCCUUCGGAUUUCUCGUUGGACUUCACGAAAACGCAACCGGGGUCUAAUCGGAACCUGGACCUGCGGCGCCAAUUCCACCCGCGUCUCGAUCGCUCGGGAAUCACCUGGACGAGUAUCCUAAACGGUGGCUUCAUGGACCUGCUAGGAGGCGACUCGCCCAUGAUCAACCACAAGAAGGGGAAAGUGGCGUAUAUUGGGAGCGACACACAGCUGCUGGACUUCACGACCGUCGCAGAUACAGCCGCAUACACAGCCGCCGUAGCUGCCGAUCCGAAUCCCACGCCGCGCUUCCUGCGCAUUGCCGGCGACGUCGUCAAUGUGAGGGGCAUCUGUGACGCUGCGGCCAGGGUUGACGGCAGACCGUUUCACUCGUCGUGGAUGGGAACAAUUGGAAUUAUGGAGUUCAUGAUCUGGGUGCUGAAGCUGUUUGGUGGCCACAAUCAGACCAUGCCAAUCUGGCAAGGCAUGCAAUAUAUGGUCAAUAUCUUCUCGGGCGAGGGGAAGCUGCAACCUCUCGACAAUGACCGCUAUCCCGAAUUGAAAUGGACCACGGUGGAGGACUUUCUACGUGAGGACCGGAAGAAAACCAAGUAA